GAGAAUGGGCCCUGUGCUGUACGCGGGCGGCGCUGUGGCGCUGCUCUUGCUGUGGGUGAAGAUGAAGGGGCUCGACUACGUCCUGGUGCACCAGCGCUGGGUUUUCGUGUGUCUCUUCCUGCUGCCGCUCUCGCUGCUCUUCGACCUGUACUACUCGCUGCGCGCGUGGCUCAUCUUCCGCAUGUGCUCCGCGCCACGGCUGCACGACCAGCGGGUCCGAGACAUCCAGAGGCAGGUGCGGGAGUGGAGAAGGGAGGGUGGAAAGACGUACAUGUGCACAGGGCGCCCGGGAUGGCUGACUGUGUCGUUGCGAGUGGGCAAGUACAAGAAGACCCACAAGAACAUCAUGAUCAACCUCAUGGACAUUCUGGAGGUGGACACCAUGCGUCAGCUAGUCCGCGUUGAGCCUCUUGUGAAUAUGGGUCAGGUGACGGCUCUUCUCAACUCUAUCGGCUGGACUCUACCUGUACUACCUGAACUGGAUGACCUCACUGUGGGAGGACUGAUAAUGGGUACAGGAAUUGAGUCGUCUUCGCAUAUUUAUGGCCUUUUCCAGCAUAUCUGUGUGGCUUACGAGCUGGUCCUGGCAGACGGAAGUCUCGUUCGCUGUACUGCAAAGGAGAACUCUGACCUGUACUACGCCGUGCCUUGGUCCUGCGGCACACUGGGCUUCUUGGUGGCCGCCGAGAUCCGCAUCAUCCCGGCACGGACAUGGGUCAAGCUGACGUACGAGCCUGUGCGUGGUCUGCAGGCCAUCUGCCGGCGCUUCGCCCAAGAGUCGGCAAACAAGGAGAACCAGUUUGUGGAGGGGCUCCAGUACUCCCUGAACGAGGCUGUGAUAAUGACUGGGAUGAUGACUGAAGACGCAGAGCUGGACAAGAUCAACCGCAUCGGCCUCUAUUUCAAGCCCUGGUUCUUCAAGCACGUUGAACGCUUCCUGAAGGAGGAUCGCAGAGCGGUGGAGUACAUCCCCCUGAGACACUACUACCACCGACACACCCGCAGUAUCUUCUGGGAGCUGCAGGACAUAAUUCCAUUUGGAAACAACCCCGUGUUCCGGUAUCUGUUUGGUUGGAUGGUUCCACCCAAGAUCUCCUUGCUGAAGCUUACGCAGGGCGAGACCAUCCGCCGGCUCUACGAGCAGCACCAUGUGAUCCAGGACAUGCUCGUUCCCAUGAAGUACCUGGAGACGGCCAUAUCCCGCUUCCACAACGACAUCCAUGUGUACCCUCUGUGGCUGUGCCCCUUUGUACUGCCGAGUCAGCCGGGGAUGGUGCAUCCGAAGGGGGACGAGGAUGAGCUGUAUGUGGACAUCGGGGCCUAUGGCGAGCCCAAGGUCAAACACUUUGAGGCCCGGGCCUCCACCAGACAGCUGGAGAAGUUUGUCAGAGAUGUGCACGGUUUCCAGAUGUUGUACGCAGAUGUGUACAUGGACCGCCAGGAAUUCUGGGAAAUGUUUGACGGCUCUCUCUACCACAAGCUGAGGGAGCAACUAGACUGCAAGACCGCCUUUCCUGAAGUGUAUGACAAGAUCUGCAAAUCAGCCCGGCACUGAGACUUGUUCAGUCUUUCAGACACUUAAGUCACUCACUGUUUCUGCUGUAAAAUUAACCCUUCUUUUCCCUUGGACCAUUGCUACUUUCAAUGAACUUUGUUCUUAAAUCAGUUUUGGGAAUCAAACUAUGGCGUGAAGCUUGCAGUAAGUAGGUCUCCCUUGCUGUAGCAAACACACUAUACAGUAUGGUUGGCUGUGUCAGCCUUUAGUUUAGCUUCAUGGUUAUUUAAACUAAACUAGAUACUGAAUAACUGACUUAAUCCUGUAAGUUUGUCUGUCUGAACAAAGUUUCCCUGUGGCAUGGCAUAUUUUGUAAAAUGGUAGGAUUCCACUGAAUAGUGAGAAUGAAUCUGUAACUAGUCAAUCUAUUUUCUAAUUCUACAAGGUUGUUAACACUGAUUUGUUGCUGAAAGAGUGUCUAUUUUGAGAAAUUUGUCAUUUUUGUGCUUUUUUGUGUGGGGAUAAUGAAGAUGUACAACACAUGGGAAUUAAGAUUUCUGUAAUAAUUCAGUUAUGAAGUAAGCUACCUGUUCCAUGCAUACCUUCUACUCUACUUUGGACAAAAGCAUCUGCUAAAUGAAUAAAUGUAAAUGUACUUGAAGUACUAAACUGUCUUUAGCACUAUGGGUGGAAAGUUAAAUUAUAUUUUUGUAAUGCAUGUAAUGACAUUAAUUGUUCACAUGUAAAGCUAUAAAAAGCUAAAGUAUAAUUUUCUUUUGUCUUCAUUUUACUGCUUUAUAAUGCAGUAAUGUAGUAAUUUAACUGUAUUAGGGAACCAUGGGACACUGGUGAGAAACCAGUGGAUGCCUUAGAAUUCAGCCUAGGUUUUUUUUUUUUUUUUUUUUGGUUCCCAUGCUCCUGCCUACUGAGGAUACAUUUUAAUUGGUUCCACUUUCUGGUUGCUUUAUGCCCAUAAUGUCUGGAGUUUUUUUUUUUUUUUUAAGGGAGUCAUGCAGAGACAAGGAUGAUGGUGUCUUCAUUGUCAGUUAAUUAUAUUAAUUUAUAACCACUAAGAACAUUAAAGGAAAACUUAAAGAAAUUUGGGCUAGUAAUGCUAAUCACUAAUGCUGAGACUGACUUUUAACGUCCAUGUGCUGGAGUGAGAACGUGUAGCCAGAGUGUGUGCUCAAACCCUGGAGAGAAGCUGAGGCCCAGUCCUGUCACACACUGCGCCCUUGUGUACAAUACAUCGGGCACACUGCUGCAUUAUUUAUGUUGUAUUAAUAAGUGUGAAACAGUGUCAGCAAAGCUUUCCCGUAUGUGCACGGGCUGCUAAUGGGCCCCCUUCUCUCUCUCUGGGUAGGAGACACACAUGGCCCCCAGCUGCUUUACCACAAUGCCUUUAGCUGGUGGUAUUAUAUAUUAUUACUAACCAUUAUUUAGCUGAUGUCUCCAUCCAGGGCUUUUUACACUGUUGGGUGCAAAUACUAUGCUA